GGUCGCGAUUCGCGAUCAAUCAUGGGCAAACACAUCGCAGAUUCGCAGAUUGCGUCAAAUUAUGAAUAUGAAUACACCGCGAACAUGGAGACAACGACAACAAUAAACAAUAGAACGUCGAGCGAUUCUAUGAAAACAAAAGAUAUGAUAGAGAAUAGUGAAAUCGGGCGGUAUGAAACUAAAAAUAGUGAAAUCGGACGGUACGAAAAUACUGAAAAGUGUCAACAAUGGUUGGAAAAGUGUUCAAUUAGUGAUGAUUGUUCCGUUUAUUCUGAUUCAGAUGGCUCAAUUCUCACAGACACUACCUCAAACAGUGCCAUGGAUUCAGGUUUUACUUUUCAGGAUAGCGGGGUAGUUGUAGCCAAUAGGAUAUUUAGUGAUAAUAAUGAUCUUGGAACCGCGAUCGUGAUAAAAGAUAGCACACCCAAAUACGACAAUACUUCUAUUAACGUUUACAAAUCGAAGAAAGUGCAUGUAGGUGAUGUCACAUACAUAAAAGGGCCAGUGAUUAUUAGUAAUAGCAAUUCAGCGUAUAACGACAAGUUACUCUCUAUUCCAUACUCCGAGCCUUACGUGGACACUUUCAUAGUAGAUAGAAUCAAUUGGUUGGCCCAGCCCCCCUUAGGAGAACGAGAGAAGCUAGAAGAGCCUGUUAAAUACGUUAUAAUAGGUCACACUGCCACAGAGGAAGGUUUUACUCAAGCCGAUAACACUCUUCUAGUUAGACUGAUCCAAACUUUCCAUAUAGAAAGUCGUAAGUGGAAAGAUAUAGCUUACAAUUUUGUCAUUGGCUCUGAUGGUCUGGCUUACGAAGGAAGAGGAUGGGGGGUAAUAGGAUCACACACAAGAAAUUAUAAUAGCAAAUCAAUUGGAAUUUCAUUCAUCGGAUGCUUUAUAGACCACCUACCCCCAGAGUCAGCUCUGAAAAAAGCUCAAGAUCUUAUCGAAACCGGCAUUAAAAGAGGAUCCAUAGACCCUGACUACAAACUACUAGGCCAUUGCCAAUGUUCAGCUGUGGAAAGUCCCGGAAGGCGGUUGUUUGAAGAAAUACAAACUUGGAAAAACUGGGAUGAGUCAGUUGUGGCCCCACCAUCAAACUUUACCUUGGUAAUUGACGAACCCCCAGAUGAUCCUGACCCAAGCCAGUAACUGUGUUCCUCAUAUCGAUUCAAACAAUUGUGUUCAUUUAGGGGGUAGGCGCAAAAUCUUAGCCCAAUGCUAUUUUGCAUGCAUUCAUUUUUUUCGAAUCCUGAGAAAACUAACAAGUAUUUUUGAAAAAUUUAAACGCAGAAUGAAAGAUCACAUUAUUACUGAGGGCCGUAAGUUCCUUAGAAUAAACAAAAAGUUGCUUUUGAAUGAAAUAUUUGAAAGUAAACAUCAUACUAAAUUUUCUCUUUUUUUUCGCCCCUGUAACUUAUUAAAAUAAACAUUAUAGAAGUUUUCAGGGACUUUAGCCCUCGGUAACAAUGUAUUCUUUCAUUCUGCGUUUAAAUUUUUCAAAAAUCCUUAUUAGUUUUCUCAGGAUUCGAAAAAAAAAUGAAUGCAUUCAAAUAGCAUUAGACAAAGAUUUUGCGCCUAUCUCCUAAGUUUUUACUGCGAAGAUAUUGUUUCCAACGCUUUACAUAUUAGUGUAAUUCAUUUCCAUUUGAUUCAUUUAGUUGAUUUUUGGAUCAAUCCACUCCUACAUUGGGAAUUCACUUGCCACCUAGAUAUUUCUUGGAGCAUAUAGGUCGUUCCAAUUUAUUCCAUUCCAACCAAGUUUUAAGGGUUGAUGGUGUGGAGCAAAUCCUGACCAAUGCAAUUGUCUGACAUACAAAUCAUUUAGAUAUUUCAAAAAGGUAAUUGCUGAAACAGCUGUAAGAGAAAAGGCUUCUGUAAAGAACACUAACUCGUACUUACUUGUGGAGAGAUUCCUACCCAAACUAUAACCAACCAAUCGCCAAAUGGAAGCCUUUGAGUAAUACAAACUGGCUGAUAUUCUUUUUCAUAUCUGUUGACGUCCAUCUGACCAAUUAAAGAAAAAACACGACCCUUUUAAAAACAUUAUAGUGAUCAAAUCCUUAGUACCUAUUCCAGGAUAGUGAACUUUCUGAAUAUGUAGAAAAAUAAGAAAACUGCUUAUUUGGGGCACAUAUUACGAGGAGAACGAUAAACUCUAGCAACUGGUACUAGAAGGAAAGAGAGAGGGUAGGAGGUUUAGGACGCAAAAAGAUGUCAUGGAUGCGCAAUAUUCUUUAUAAAGUUUAUAUCUAUCACAUAUACUUUCUUCCAAAAGUCGAUCAUAAACUUUUACUUUUCAUAUUUUCUUAUAGAAGUACCUACCUACUUUUUGAACUUCGGUUACCUACAUAAAGCAAAUGAACUUGAUAUUACUUAACUGUUCCCCACGCUUCUAUACGAUAUACAAUACCUACUCCUAAUUCAGCAGCUCCCUGAUGAUUAGUUCUGAAUAUUAACCAAUAAAUAUUUUCAUACCUAAAGGAUAUAAUUGACCAAUUUUCUUGUGACACCUUGUAUAAUUGUACAAUUAACAUUCAUCAUUCUAAAAAUUCAUCGUAGGAAAUAAUAUUGGUAAUGUAGUAAUACAAACAAUGUAAUAAAUCAAGAUAAAUAGAAUAUCAUAGUCUUGAAUUUUUAAUUUUUAAAAUUCGAACUAAUUUUUUGAAAUUUAAUUUUUUUUGUGACUACCAAGUAGUUGUUAAUAAUUAUAUGUAUGACUUACGCGGGGGCCGUAGCUUAGCGGCUAAGAUACUGACAUGUCAAGCCGAAACGCACGAGUUUGAUCCACGGCACCGACAACAAAAUUUUUAUUUUUCAUAAAGUAUUCAAGCCGUCACCGUGCUUCGGAAGGCACGUAAGCCGUCGGUCCCGGCUAUGUAAGUGGUCUUCGUGUCAUGUUAGAGGCGCAACUGAAAACCCAACACCAGACCUUAGCUAGAAGGUCACUCGAACUUUAAUUUUUACUCUUAUCCGUUGAUUGAAUUCACCAUGAUGAUUCGGUUAUUCAAUCAACGCUCUAACCUAUAGUACUCUAACGCCAUAUUUUGUAAUUGGUCGCUCAUAUUAAUUUUAUAGUUUACAAUAAGGUUUAAUCUAGUUGAAUGCGUUUAUUCUGAUAUGAUGUUUUAGAAUAUUUUUUUAAUUGUAAUAAACUAUUUUAUGAAAA